AUGACUCCCCCAGGCCAGAUGCCCACCCUGCAGCCCUCCUGCAGCUGCAGCCACGGCCCCAGCGUGGCACAGGGGAAGUGGUAUGGGGUGCGCUCCUACCUCCACCUCUUCUAUGAGGACUGCGCUGGGGCCAGCCCUGAUGGGGACACAGAUGAGUCUUCACCUUCCCAUCCCCAUGGUGUAUGGCCCUCCAUUAUCUGGAAGGUGACCCUCUCCACAGGCACUCUGUUUCUGCUGGUGGGAGUGGCUGCCUUGACCACAGGCUGGCUGGUGCCCCCCAGGCUGGAGAGCAUUGAGGAAGAGGAUCUGGUGGUGCUGGACGUGCAGGCCAUGCGCUACAACCAUGUGCUGAGUGCGUGCCGGCUGCUGGGCACGGCGCUGUGCAUCACAGCUGCAGUGCUGGGUGCUGUGGGGCUGCUGUGCUGUGUGCUGGGCAGAGCUUGGGGUGGCCCCCAAGAAGAGGAGCAGCAGCUGUCACCCAUCCUGCAGAGCAGCCCCCAGGGCCCCGCGGUGCCCUUCAGUGCCUCCCAGCUCCAUGGUGUCCAGCCCCGGCAGGAGGUGUGAGUGCAUUGAGUUGCACUGCUGCUGCUAGCCCAGAUCCAGCCUGGACUCAACUAGAUCCCACCUUGGAUCCCCUCCUGGCACCCAGAUGGCUGA